AUGUUAGAAAGACCAAUAAUAAAAACUGAAUUACCUGGUCCUAAAGCAAAACAAAUAAUUGACGAAGAUACAAAAUAUGUAACGCCAUCGUUUAUUCGUUAUCCAUACAAACUUGCUAUUGAAAAAGCUUACGGUGUUUGGAUUGAAGAUACUGAUGGUAAUGUAUUUAUGGAUUGUAAUUCAGGCUUUGCUGUUUGUUCAACUGGUCAUUGUCAUCCUGAAAUUGUUGAAGCAAUUACAAAACAAGCUCAAACAUUGAUUCAUAUGUGUGGAACAACUUAUUAUUAUCAUCAUAUGCCCGAUUUAGCCAAGAAACUAGAUGAAUUAGUUCCAAUCAAAGCACCAACACGAACCUAUUUUGCUACAUCGGGUGCUGAAGCAGUCGAAGCAGCAUUAAAACUUGCUAUGUAUUAUACAAAACGACAAAGAUUUAUUUCAUUUGUAGGUUCAUUCCAUGGACGAAGUCUUGCUACACUUUCAUUAACAGCAUCGAAAAAAAUUCAUCAAGUUGGUUAUAUGCGUCGUUUAUUAGAUGUUGUUCAUGUACCUUAUCCAAAAAAGCUUCAUUCACCAUUCGGAAAUCUAACCGAUGAUGAAAGUGUAUCUCAAGCAACAAUAAAUUGGAUUGAAAAUUUUAUUUUUAAAACAACAACACCACCAGAAGAUAUUGCUGCAAUUGUUGUUGAACCUAUACAAGGUGAAGGUGGCUAUUUUCCAUCACCAGCUAGUUUUUUGCCAGAACUUCGACGUAUAUGUAACGAAAAUGGUAUACUUUUAAUUGUUGAUGAAGUUCAUAGUGGAAUGGGACGAACAGGAAAAAUGUUUGCUACUGAAUAUUAUAAUGUUGAACCGGAUAUUAUCUGUUUAUCGAAAGGUAUUGGUUCAGGUUUACCAAUUGGUGUUUGUGUUGCUCGUGCAGAUAUUAUGAAUUGGCCACGAGGAUCACAUGCAUCAACAUUUAGUGGAAAUCCAGUUUGUAUUGCAUCGGCAUUAAAGACUAUUGAAUUAUUAGAAAAUGGUUUAGUAGAAAAUGCACGGAUUAUUGGAAAUUAUUUAAAAGAUGAAUUAGUUAAAUUGCUCGAUAAAUAUGAAUGUAUUGGAGAUGUUCGAGGUCUUGGUUUAAUGAUUGGAGUAGAAAUUGUUGAAUCAAAACAAACAAUGAAACAUGCACCUGAAAAACGUGAUAAAAUCGAACUUGAAUGUUAUAAACGAGGUUUACUUAUAUUUGGUGGUGGUGGCAUCAGUGUUAUUCGAUUUGCACCACCAUUAAUAUUUACAAAAGAAAAUGUUAAUGUUGCUGUGGAAAUUUUUGAUGAAGCGGUAAAGGCUGCGAUAUCUAAUUAG